AUGGCACGCGCCCGACAUCCAUGCACCAUCGUCAUUAAGCUAGGCUCUUCCUCCAUCGUUCAUGAGAAGACGCAUCAAACGCUCUUGUCGCUGCUUUCCAGCCUCGUGGAGACAGUGGUUCUACUUAGAGCGCAUGGACAUAAAGUCGUACUCGUCAGCUCCGGCGCUAUUGCCGUUGGUCUAAAGCGCAUGAAUCUGGCGAGCAGACCGAAGAGUUUAGCGGGCAAACAGGCAUUGGCUGCCGUUGGUCAGGGUAGACUUAUCGGUCUCUGGGACAACCUCUUCAGCCAGUUCGACCAGCCAAUCGCUCAGGUGUUGCUCACAAGAGGAGAUAUUGCAGAUCGCACGCGCUAUCUAAAUGCUGUAAACACCUUCAAAGAGCUGCUGUCAAUGGGGGUUGUCCCAAUCGUCAACGAAAACGACACCGUGUCCGUUAGCGAAAUAAAAUUUGGCGACAACGACACUCUUUCUGCGGUUACUUCUUCGAUGCUACAUGCGGAUUACCUGUUUCUCUUGACGGAUGUUGACGGAUUGUACACAUCGAACCCUCGAAAAGACCCGCAUGCCCAACAUAUAGAGGUUGUCACCUCAAUCGCCGCUAUUCGUUCUCAAGUGAGCACAAGUACCCUUGGAUCGAGUCUCGGAACUGGUGGAAUGGAAACGAAACUUAUUGCAGCAGAAAUCGCGACUGGCGCUGGCGUCACGACCAUUAUUUGCUCAAGCAAAAGACCAGAGAGCAUCCUGCCCAUUAUCGAAUACCAUCAUGCACAAAAGGCGUCCUCCUCGAACCCUGGUACCCCUGCAUCCGACUCACUACCCGGAUCCGGAAGGACAAGUCCAACACUUGAGCCUGCAGACGAGCCAGAAAUUGUCCACAUCCGACCGCCUCACACCGUGUUUACCGCCUCUCUCUUGCCAAUGCGAGACUUGAAAGCGUGGACAAGCCACACUUUAUUCCCCGCAGGAAGCGUUAUCAUCGAUUCCGGCGCCCAUAACGUCCUUUCCCGCCGCGAAUCCGGUGGCAGAUUACUCGCAGUCGGUGUCUUUGGCGUCAUCGGCGCGUUUGCCUCCGGCCAAGCAGUGCGAAUCGUCAUCCGCAAAAACACAAGUCCAGGAUCUGUUGCCGCCCGUAUCCCUUCUACCCUCGCUGGCGAAACGCGGCCAGCCUCGCCUUCUAUUCUAGCCGCAUCUUCUAUGACCUCUUCCGUCGCGUCACUUGAGCCGCUGUCGCGCUCAGUCUCUUCAGCAAGUCUUGCAGAUGUAGUUAUGGUCGCAAAAAGCGAAGAGUAUACCGACGCGGAUGUAAUAGAGGUCGGCCGUGGUCUGGCGAACUACAAUUCAGCCCAGAUCAUGAAGGUGAAAGGCUUAAACAGUUCUUAUAUGCCGCAGCUGCUUGGAUAUGCCGAUUCAGAGUAUGUCGUCGAGAACAUCACAAUUCGUGUACCACCGUGA